GCGUCCUCAGCGUUCAUUGAUCGUAACCCCUCCAUUGGCAGCAGCGGCAGGAGCGACUGUUUAGACUGAGCAGUAAGCAUGUCUCGUUGUGCCCUUGUUUCGACGUGCUUUAGUGAUUUCUGAGGGUUGUUGCGUUGUGGAGUGUUCCGAAAGUGCACCAUCCGGCCAGGGCGUUGUUCUCUGCCACCAAGCGCAUGUAAACAAUCCCCCAAGCCAAGCCAGUCGAGUCGAAGCGUGCCAAUCGCGUUUUGCCUUUGUGCAGUGUUUUGCUUGUGCGAACUGUUCCCCAACCAGCAUUCAAACUGUGGGGUGCCGGGGCCUUUUUUCUUCCCCAACCGGGAAUGUACUACCCGCACAUGGUUCCGACGGGCAUGACCACGCCCUUUGGGACAGCGGCGCCCGCCUCUGGUUUUCCAGCACAGAACGGCGAAGUAAAAGAGGAUAAGACGGCAGCCCCGUUGCUUCCUCCGCCGACGGCGGCGCCCGCCCCUGGAGCUGGGCCCCCUUAUAGCCCGCCGCCACCUCAAGGGCCGCCCGCCCCUGAGCCGCCCUCCGGACUGGUGGGCAGUCCAGUGGCGGCGGCCGCUGUCGCGCUUGCACAACAACAGCAACAGAAUCAGUUCAAAUGUGAUCCAUUGACUCCGGAGACUGAAAUUCAACAAAAUGGUACCGUGCAGCCGCCCACAUCGGAGGCGGCAGACGCAAAGGCAGCACAGGCCGCCCAGGCAGCUACGGAUCUGGCCAACCAGCCAAAGAGGCUGCAUGUGUCGAACAUUCCAUUUAGAUUUAGGGAUCCUGACCUGAGGGCCAUGUUUGGUCAAUUCGGACCAAUAUUAGACGUAGAAAUAAUCUUUAAUGAACGAGGAUCGAAGGGGUUCGGUUUUGUAACAUUCGCAAAUAGUGCUGAUGCGGAGCGCGCACGAGACCGACUACACGGCACCGUGGUUGAGGGAAGAAAAAUAGAGGUCAAUAAUGCCACUGCGAGAGUACAAACGAAAAAGCCUCCAGCUCUUCCUGCAGUUCCAGUCAUCCAGUGGCCUACGGACGCAGCCACUUUGAGGGCCGGCGUUGCCGCUAUCCAGAGAGGAAGAGCGCGGGCGGCGUAUCCAGCGGCGGCAGCAGCAGCAGCGGCUGCAUUUGCCCGCCAUCCCACCCCUUUAGCUGGCGCAUUGGGCUACACACCGGUGCUGAACACGCUUCCAGUAGAUGGGGGCGUUUAUUAUGACCCUUUCCUGGCCGCGCAUGCUGCAGACCCCAACUAUACCAGCAGAUUGCAGGCGGCGGCCGCGGCCGCAGCAGCAGCCCCAUUACUAAAAACGCCCCUCUCAACUGCCCCGCAGGCGAGCUACGCAGCAGCAGCAACCUACACAGCAGUGGCGGCGCGGUACGGCGCAGCAGCCGCAGCAGCGCAGCCUGUAGCCGGCUACGCCGCAGUUGGCUAUGGAAGGGAUUACGCAGACCCCUAUUUGGGCCAUGGGAUUGGGCCGAUGGCGGGAUAUGGGGCGGCAGCUGUGUACCGCAGCGGCUACAAUCGAUUCGCCCCCUAUUGAGCAUAUCCCCGCUGCUGAAGGCCUACCGAACAAACCAACUCAAUACUCAUCUUACUUUCUAUCGUUCUUUAUUUUGUGUCCGACACACAACCAAGCACAAAACCAAGACAGCGGAGCCAAAGAGCUGUAACUCACACUAACUUAAGCCCUUGUGAUAGCCCAUCUAACCCAGCUCUCUAAUAUGUAGUUUUAACUUUUUUUUGUAUUUCUUUGUAUGUUUGACGGCGUUUCCAUUCACUUAUACUUCACAAGAAAGCUGGUUGUAAUUGUGUUUUUUUUCUAUUAUUAUUUUUAGCCCUUACCUUUUGUACGAGCUGUAUAUAUAUUUUUUAUAUAAUUUAAUUUUCUAACUAAUAUACUGAUAGAGUUACGACUGCUAGAUGUUAUUUUAGGAUUAGCUGCUAAUUUAGUUAAGGCUGUUCUACUGAUGAGGCCGGGGCAGUUUUGCUUGAUAGGGUGAUUCAAAAAGCGCUGUAUUUUCAUAACGAUCUGUCGGUAACAGAAAUUUUCAUUAAAAAAUAAGGCCAGCAAUCUGCUUUUGAAUCACGCUGUAUUGUGGAUUGUUUUGACGCAAAAAAUUGAAAAUUGCCCCCUUUAUAUAAGUGCAAUGGAAACGAAUCGACUUGGAAUUAUCUGGUUUAUUACUGAGGCACGGCCUGCAUACAACAUAUCGAAGAUAUUAUCUCACUCUAUCUCUAGUUAUGUGUAUAUAUAUGGUUAUUCGCCCUUCUCUAUCUCUUUCUCUCUGUUCUAGGAUGUAUUUUCAUAUUCGAAUUUAAGCUCUCUAAGUUUGUGAUCUUAGAUGUUGUUAGGUUAAGUAUAAAUACUCAUUACAAUGUGCCACACACCCACGAAGAAUCUCACACACGUUUUCGUGUCGAAUGGAGGAAAGACAGUGAAAAUACACCCUAAGCCACCCGGUUUUCUAGUCGCUGUAAAUACCCAGAACACGUACAAACAGGAACCUACUCUGGUUUGCCAGUUUGGUCACAAGCGGUCGCAGGAGCACAAAACUUUGUUUUUAUUACGAAUAUCUGCAGUUUGACGCAAAAAGGAUGAAGGUGUAUUUGAGGAAAAUAAAUCUGUAAACAAGUA